UCGGUUUGUUUUUUUUUUUUGGUUUCCGUCUCCUUCACACCAUUUCGUUUGGAAGAACAAAAGAUCUGAGGAUCGAUUGAGAGGGAGGGUGCGAUGGCUUCGUGGAAUUCGGUUCCGCUCGAAAUCGCUUACGAAGUCGUAGGAUGGAUCGCGUUUGCUUCGUGGUCGAUCAGUUUCUACCCGCAGCUGAUUUUGAAUUUUCGCCGGAAAUGUGUUGUUGGGUUGAACUUCGACUUCGUGCUGUUGAAUUUGACCAAGCACUCCUCGUAUAUGAUCUACAACGUCUGUCUCUACUUCAGCCCUGCUGUGCAAAAGCAGUACUUUGACAAGUACGGCUAUGGGGAGAUGAUACCCGUUGCUGCAAAUGAUGUUGCCUUCUCAGUCCAUGCCGUUGUAAUGACAGCUCUCACACUUUUCCAAAUCGUUAUUUAUGAACGUGGACCUCAAAAAGUCUCCAAACUUGCUAUUGCCAUCGUGUCUGUUGUAUGGGCAAUUGCUGCUAUCUGCCUCUUCAUAGCAUUACCAACCCAUUCUUGGCUCUGGCUCAUCUCGGUUUUCAACACGAUUCAGGUCUUCAUGACAGUCAUCAAAUAUAUUCCACAGGCCAGGAUGAACUUCAUCAGGAAAAGCACGGUUGGAUUCAGCAUAGGGAAUAUCCUUCUUGAUUUUGUUGGGGGGCUUGCCAAUUAUCUGCAAAUGGCUCUGCAAUCUAUCGACCAAAAUUCAUGGGUGAAUUUCUAUGGAAAUAUUGGGAAGACUCUUCUGUCACUGAUAUCCGUAUUCUUCGACAUCCUCUUCAUGUGUCAACACUACAUAUUAUAUCCAGAAAAGAAAUCAUCCAAGUCUUCAGAGAUCGUUCAAGAUCCCACAGAACCUCUCGUAGUUGAUUCUUCUCCAGAGAAUGUUUAAGGACAAAAGCCAAAAUCUUUCAGGUUCUUUCUUCUGCCCUCUUUAAGUCUCUUACUCUAUAGCAUCUUGGGUUAAAUAUAUACAAAAUGUUGUACUACAGGAUCGUGUCUGCGUCUAUGUAAGAACCAGUUCUGGACAAACUCUUGUGUGAUGUUAGUUUACAUUGAACUCUGCCCUCUUUCGUUUCUGGAUAAGGGGAAUUUAUAUGUUUUUUUUCCUAUGAUAUAAUGGGUGAUGUGUAAAGACUCGAUCUUUUUUUUUC